AUGAGUGUCUGCCGCCCCGCAAGAUGUCUCUUUACCAAAGCAGCAUCUACGACGCUUUCUAGACCACCUCCGCACCGCACCUUCCACGCUUCUGCACCUCGACAAGCCCGCAAAAAGAGACCGCACUACCCCUCAAUAAAGGCCGAAGAGCUCAAGCUCCUCAACGAAGCCGCAGAGACGGAAUACCCAAAAUUCGAUACCUCGGAGACAGCGCUCCUAGAAAAAAAGUAUACGCCGUCGCAAAUUGCCGCCAUCAAAGCCGCAGAAUCCACAAUCGACGCCCGCGAUGUCCUCAUACAAGGCCAGCGGAGAACAGACGCAUGGCGUCUCAAUUACGAAGAUGACCUCGCUGAAGUCGACCCGGUGACGGAUCGCCCGGAGCGACUGACAGGCGACGACAUUAUUGGCAAGAAAACCUUCAGAAUCGCCAACGAGGUGGAGCGCGACGCAAACAUUUCCCGCCUUGCGACGGAGAACCUGGCGAAAAUGUACCCGGACGGUAUUCCAGAAGACGAAUCGCAGCUGCGCAAUGCCAUGGACGCAGCAAUCACACAAGCCACGCUGGAUCCAAGCGCGACGUACUAUUCCAAGAACCCACAUGCAUUGCGGGCACUAGGUGACGAAAGACACUCGGUCAUCGCACCUGAUCUACCGCGAGUGGAGAACCGCAUGGCCCGCCAGACGCGCCGUCUGUCGUCCGAAGAGGAGGAGGACCCACGACAAAAGCGACUAUUGCAAUACCUGGGCUGGGACAAGCAGAAGUUGCGUGGUAUCAAGGUGAAGACGCUCGUCGUCCACGGCGUCACCAACCAGACGCGUAUGGGCAAGAUCAGGAGUCUAUACUACUUGACCAUUGCCGGGAACAAUGACGGUUUGUUGGGCAUUGGAGAGGGAAAAUCCGUGGAACCCGACGAGGGGCGGAAACAGAGCGUGAUGAGCGCGAUUAGAAAUCUAAGGCCCGUACCUCGGUAUGAAAACAGGACAACGUUUGGAGAUUUGGAGAAGAAGGUGGGCGCGACAAAAGUCCAGCUCUUCGCGAGACCACCAGGUUUCGGUCUCCGUGUCCAGCAUCUCAUCUUCGAACUCGCCCGUGCCGCCGGCCUCCAAGACCUGUCGGCUAAAACACCCCGCUCAAGAAACAAGAUGAACGUCAUCAAGGCUACGUGGGAAGCUCUGACUAACCAGCGGCUACCCGAUGAGAUUGCCAGGGCGAGAGGCAAGAAGCUGGUUGACGUGCGCAAGGUUUACUAUGGUGGAUCCAUUCACUAG